UAAUGGCUAGACACUUUGGUUGGAGUAUUAUGGAAGAAAGCUGGAGGAAAGGUCCUUGGACAGCUGAAGAAGAUAAGCUUCUUAUUGAAUAUGUCAAGUUACAUGGUGAAGGUAGAUGGAACUCUGUUGCCAAGCUUGCGGGGUUAAAAAGGAAUGGAAAGAGUUGUAGGCUAAGGUGGGUGAAUUAUUUAAGGCCAGACCUUAAAAGAGGCCAAAUAACACCACAUGAAGAGAGUAUAAUUCUUGAACUACAUGCAAGGUGGGGAAACAGGUGGUCAACAAUUGCAAGAAGCUUACCUGGAAGAACUGAUAAUGAGAUCAAGAACUACUGGAGGACCCAUUUCAAGAAAAAGCCUGAUAACUCCAUUAAGGCAAAAGCUCGAAUACUUAAAAGGCAACAAUUUCAACAGCAACAAAUCCUGCAACAACAGCAACAACAAUAUCAACAACAACAAAACCAAUUAGACAUGAAAAGGAUCAUGUCUUUGCUCGAUGAAACGGAACAUAAAGUUCCGUAUGUGCCACAGAUGAGUAGGCAAGAAACUAUGGGUACUACUAAUUCGUACCUCAACCACAACAGCACGACGGAUCAAGAACAAGGCUUCGUUUAUCCCAUGAUAAUCGAUGGCAAUGUUUCGAGCAGCGAUACAUCGAACGAGGAAUUUCUUUGGGACGGUUUAUGGAACUUGGAUGAUGAUUUCAAUGGGAAUUUCAGUGCUGCAUGUGCAACGAGCAAAGCUAGUUUGCACAAUUUAGCCACCCCUUUCUGCUAAUUUUCUUUGAUUUAACAUAAAUGAAUAACUUUUUCAGA